AUGCAUAUACAGCAGCAGCAAAUGCAGCAGCAGCAGCAGCAGCAAAUGCAACAGCAGCAGCAACAGCAGAUUCAAUCAGCAGCAGCAGCAGCAGCAGCAGCAGCAAGUAUUGUUCAUAACAAUACUAUUGUGGGCCUUUUAUUAUUCAGACAGAUAGACGCCUUGGGGCCUUGCUUCGCAGCUACCCCUCCAGCACUUGCAGCUGUUGUGUUGUAUGUUGCCGCUAGCAGCAGCAGCAGCAGCAACCGCAGCUCGGUCACUGUCAACUCCCCCCCCGCCCACGCAGCAGCAACUAUUGUUCUGCUGCUGCUGCAGCAGCAGCAGCAGCAACAACAACAGUUGCAACGGCAAUUUGCAUCAGCAAUUGCGCGGCGCUGCCCCACCGCAGGACAUAGCAGCAGCGGCAGCACCAGUAGCAGCAGCUACUGCGGCGCUGCUUGGAUGCAGGAUUCAACAGCAGCAGCAGCAGCAGAAGCUGUGGCACUGCUGGAGGACUCCGCAUCAGCAGCAGCAGCAGUAGCAGCAGCAACUGCGGCGCUGCUGGGGAGGAUUCAACGGCAGCAGCAGUAG